AAGCAGUCACAGUCCUGGCUGUAUUAUACAGCCGCGGUAGACAACUCCCAGUGUGGGCAAGGAGAACGGCGGAAGUGACGUUGUAGGAAGCAGGGAAGGCUGCGGUGCCAGAGCUGGUAAUGAUGGCCGCGGUGUGGAGCCCUGUCCUGCUGCUUCUCCAGUCACUGCUCCUGGGGUUCCUGUCAGGCAGUGCCGCCGCCGACCUCACAGAUGGCAACAGUGAACACAUGAAGCGGGAGCAUUCGCUUAUCAAGCCGUACCAGGGGGUGGGCUCCAGCACAAUGCCGCUAUGGGAUUUCAUGGGCAGUACAAUGCUAACAAGCCAGUAUGUGCGCUUGACACCAGAUGAGCGGAGCAAGGAGGGAUACAUCUGGAAUAGUAUGCCUUGUUUCUUGAAGGAUUGGGAGAUGCAUGUACAUUUCCGGAUCCAUGGUGCUGGGAAAAAGAACCUUCAUGGAGACGGCUUUGCUCUGUGGUAUGCGAGGGAUCGUCUACAGCCAGGGCCGGUGUUUGGAAAUCAAGACAAGUUCCAUGGCUUGGCUGUAUAUGUAGAUACAUAUCCCAAUGAUGAAACCACAGAGCGUGUCUUUCCAUAUAUCUCGGUCAUGGUAAACAACGGCUCCUUGGAGUACGACCAUGGUAAAGACGGGCAAACAGUGGAAUUAGCGGGCUGUACAGCUGAUGUUCGCAAUAGUAACCAUGACACUUUUGUAGCUGUUCGAUACUCUCGUGGACGUCUUACGGUAAUGACAGACAUUGAGGGUAAAAAUGAAUGGAAGAAUUGUGUGGAUAUUUCGGGUGUUCGAUUGCCAACAGGGUACUUUUUUGGAGCAUCUGCAGCAACUGGAGACUUAUCAGAUAAUCAUGACAUUAUUUCUAUGAAGUUGUACCAGCUUAUGGUUGAGCACUCGCCAGAUGACGAAAAUAUUGACUGGACAAAAAUCGAGCCCAGUGUAAGCCUGCUGAAGUCUCCAAAAGAUAAUGUUGAUGAUCCAACUGGCAACUUCCGCAGUGGCCCUCUGACUGGUUGGAAGGUGUUUCUUCUGCUGCUCGCUGCUCUUUUGGGAAUUAUAGUCUGUGCUGUUGUAGGAGCUGUUGUCUUUCAGAAACGUCAGGAAAGAAACAAGCGUUUCUAUUAACUGAAUGCUCUGGCAAUAUACACGUUCUAGAAUGUGGACUUUUCCCCCACUCACACGAAACACGGAUUGUACAAAUGUUUCUUAUGUGGGUAUAGAAGAUAAUUUAAGUGGCAUUUUCAUACUUUUCAUUUAUGGGAAUGAAUGCCAUGGAAAGGUGGGUGGGAGAGGACAAUCACUUUUUAAAGACCACGUUUUUCUUUUGGGGAAGGUCUGAUUAAUUUGAUUUAUUUUUUUAAUAUAACUGUCUGACUUUACUGGAGUGUGCAUUAUGUAUAUUUUUUUUUUGGGAAGAGAAGUGGCUACAUAGUUUAAAAUUUUUUUUUUUUUUUAUAUAUAUAUAUAUUUUUUAAUGCUACAUCUGCCGACUUGCUCUAGGGAUGUUCAGCAAAGCAUUCUUUAGCGUCUACUGAUAUCUGUUGCAUCGAUUCAGCAGCUCAAUCCUGUGGAUUGGAAUAGCUGCUCCAUGCAGAAAGUGUCAGUUACAGGUGAGAACAGAAAACUCUGUUCAUAGUUUUGAUUUCUGUAUCCUCUGAUUUGCUUCCUGACCUAAAAUGUUUACAAAGCAUAAAGUGAAGAAAGAGUUUCGCCUUGGUCUGCACUACAUAUCUUGUAAGUUCAUGAGAAUGAUCUUCUGCUACUGCAUUUUUCAGGAAUGUGGAGGUGUUUCAUAUAACUAUGUAGGAUGUUUGGUCCUAAUCAAAGUGGUCACUCAUUAAAGAAGAAAAAAAA